UCGUGCAGCCGCCGCCGGGCCCGCCGCCAUCACGCCAUGGCUGAUCAGCUGACUGAAGAACAGAUUGCUGAAUUCAAGGAAGCCUUUUCCCUAUUUGACAAAGAUGGUGAUGGUACUAUCACAACAAAAGAACUGGGAACUGUCAUGAGGUCAUUGGGUCAAAAUCCAACAGAAGCAGAGUUGCAGGAUAUGAUCAACGAGGUAGAUGCUGAUGGCAAUGGCACUAUCGACUUCCCUGAAUUUUUAACCAUGAUGGCCAGAAAAAUGAAGGACACAGACAGCGAGGAAGAAAUCCGUGAGGCAUUCCGAGUCUUUGACAAGGAUGGCAAUGGCUAUAUCAGUGCAGCAGAACUACGUCAUGUUAUGACAAACUUAGGAGAAAAGCUAACAGAUGAAGAAGUAGAUGAAAUGAUCAGAGAAGCAGACAUUGAUGGGGAUGGGCAAGUCAACUAUGAAGAAUUCGUACAGAUGAUGACUGCAAAGUGAAGAGACCUCCUUUACACCUUUUUUCCUCUAGAAGAAUCAAAUUGAAUCUUUUACUUACCUCUUGCAAAAAAAAUGUUCAUUUAUUCAUUCUGUUUCUGUAUAGCAAAACUGAAUGUCAAAAUACCUUCUGUCCACAAACUGCAUGUAAUGGUUGGUGGUCCUGUCCCCAAAAGAUAAAGUUAAACAUCAGUUUUACAAUAUAAAUAAUCGUACUACCUUGAAAAUAAAAAAAAAAAAAAGGAAGCACUUAGUGAACUCAGAAGUUCCAUUUGCUAAUGAUUAUUACACUGUUUGGGCUGGCCAGUUUUUCAUGCAUGCAGCUUGACAAUUGAGCACAGUCAGACAUUUGUAUUAAGGAAAAAAAACCAAACCAAAACCAACCUAAAGGAUCCACUCCUUUGUUCAAUAGUGGAUUCUAGUUCAAUUUGUAGUAUAAAUUGUCAUAGCUGGUUUACUUUAAAAUUGGUUUAUACCUCAGGAUGGUAUGCAGCAAAAUGGUUGAAGGAUGCAAAACUUAGAGAAAAUGCCCUAAAGGUUGAAUGGUUCUCCUGUACGUAGCAGUGUGCUCCAAAAAUAGGAUGACUUUAACUAUGGAUGGCAUGUCUGUUAAGAUAUGGUUUUAACAUUGUCUGCAUUGCACUAUAGUGAAACGGGUGUCGAGCUGUUACCGUUCACAAAAUUUUUAAAAGAAACCUUCACCAAGGGAGCAUCUUUGGACUCUCAUGUUUUUAAAACCUUCUGUACCAUGACUUGGAGCUGGCGGAGUAGCCUGUGGACUUCAGCACAACUAUCAACAUCGCUGUUCAAGAUAUUACAAUUUAUGUCCAUUCCAAGUUGUAAAUGCUAGUCUUUUUUUCCAAUAAAAGACCAUUAACUUAAAGGUGGUGUUAAAUGCUUUGUAAAGCUAAAAUAUAUAUAUAAUUGAGAUACUAAACCAAAAAAGCAGUAGGAGGGAAGUGUUUCUAUGAAUUACUUGCUGCUAAAUUAUAAUGCACAUGUAUGCAAUAAGUUAUCCCCUAUCUUUUCAAGAUGGCAAGAACUGACCUCCUGUAACCCAAGACCUUUGCUAUAAAUAAAUGAACUUGUGCUUGCCUUUCAUAUUACGACAAUGUUAAUUUAGUUGGUCUCAAAGUCGUGUAAUGCUGACUCGUCAACUAUCAGCACAGAAGUAACACCUCAUUUCACUAAAGUGGAGAGCUCUUGAGCAUGCUUGUCAAUACUGGGGAAACAUGUCUAGGUUGCUUAUGUUUUUUCUGACAGGUUAUAGAAACUAGUUGGAGAAUUAAAAAAGCACGGACUUCGUAGAUACAAUUCUCAAACAUGCCAAAAAUGCAUUUCUCUACCCACGGAAUACAAAAGGACGUUUCUUUUACAAUAAUAAAAAAAUGACAGCAAACAACCCUAAGCCUUUUUGUAAACUGGGGCUAUUAUGUCUUGACUAUCUUCUCAAACACUUGCAUGAAUUUUGUGGGGUGGAGAAGAGGACUAGGGUUAAUUUAAAAACCAUCUUGUUACUUCUGCUUUGCAUGCACUAGCAGUGCUUAGUCAUUCCAGGUCUCUGAGUAAGUGUUCUCUGAUCCUUCAGCUUCCUCAUGAAUGAGUGGCAAAGCAGCCAUGUCCACUCUCCUUUGAAAGAAGAAUGCGCUUUUUUUUUUUAAUAGCAAAGCCUCCAUGUGGAGGGCUUUUGUGCUUGGGAGGGAGGGACUGCAGCUUAAUUACUUGACUGUAAGUUUGUUUCCAAACGUAAGGAGUUGCAAACCUUAAUUGCUUAAUUGCCUUUGGUUUUGGAGAGUUUUGAUACUAUCUCUUGAAAGAGAUGCAAGUCUCCAUUCAUCCUGUCUAACUGAGGUGCCUGUGUUAAGAACUUGGUUGCUUGAAAUGCAGCUUUGCUCAGUGGGGGUCAAAA